UAGAUUCCAUAAUCUUUUUGUAUUAAUUGUUCUUUGUAUUGUUCAAUAAUUAUAUGUCAUACAUUAUUUUAUUUACAUAUCAAAAUUCAUUUUUACAUUUGUCAUCAUACAUUUCUUGAAUACAAAUUGGUUGUAAAUAAAUCAUCAUACUUGGCGUUGCAGUAACCUAUAUAUAUAGUUAACUUGAGUCAUAGUUGAUCACUCUGAUCCGUCAGUUGCCGAAUAACAUCUAUUAUUCUCCCACGUAUGGUAUGAGAGAUCAUAUUAGUUUUCUUUAAUUGUAACAAGAACGACAAAAAUGUUUUCGAGUGGGCCGAAUUAUACUAAACUAAAGACGCAUUUGCGUCUUGCGAUAAAUCGGUUAAAAUUACUCGAGAAAAAGAAAACUGAACUUGCUCAGAAAGCAAGGAAAGAAAUAGCUGAUUAUAUCGCCGCUGGAAAAAUUGAGAGAGCAAAGAUACGAGUUGAACACAUCAUUAGAGAAGAUUACAUGGUCGAGGCUAUGGAAUUGCUCGAAAUGUAUUGCGAUCUCUUGUUGGCGCGUUUCGGACUCAUUCAACAAAUGAAAAAUUUAGAUGAAGGAUUAGCAGAAGCUAUUUCUACAAUAAUCUGGGCUGCUCCCAGAAUUCAGACCGAUGUUCAAGAAAUUAAAGUAAUUGCUGAUAUCUUAACAUCUAAGUAUGGUAAGCAAUACACAGAUGCUUGUAGAGAGGAAGCGGUACAAACUGUUUCUGAAAAAUUGAAGCACAAAAUGAGUGUACAAUCACCAUCUAAAGUUCUCGUAGAGAAGUAUCUUAUAGAGAUUGCAAAGAAUUAUAAUGUUGAAUAUGAGCCAGAUCCACAGGUAAUGUCAGAAGGCCAAGAUGCUCUUCUGAUUGAUGUUGGAGGUGAAACUAGAAAUAAUUUAGAUACAGCUUCUGGCGGUGGUAUGCCACAACCAGUUGGGUUUAUUGGAUUUCCCCAACCUCCACUGCUACCUAAUCCUACAUCAAACUUAAUUAAUUCAGAAAAAGGACCUAUAGGAUUUGUAUCUCCAUCAGUACCUAUAGAAAAUAAAGAUCAAAAUGUUCCUUAUAAUCCAACUAAUGUUUCUUAUAAUAUUCCUUGGGAUAACUCUAACAGCAAUAAACCUGAAAAUGAUUUGCCUCCACCCUAUGGAUCAUUUCCACCUGACUUAAACAAACAGUCUGAGCAGAAACCGAAACCACAACCACGAUCAAAAAUGCCGAUGAAUGAUUUUCAGCUUCCAGAUCUACCAGCUGUGCCGACCGAGACUGAUUUACCACCAAACAAUCCAUCUACCAGCGAAGAUAUUGAUUUCGAUGAUUUAAUGAAACGAUUUGAAGAUUUAAAGAAAAGAAAAUAGCUUUUUAGGCUUGUAAACGUAUACUGGGUAUAAUAUGUAUCUUGCAAUACAAAAACUGUAGGUAAUGAAAAUGAAAAAUGUUA